UCUCUCUCUCUCUGUCUCUCUCUCUCCCUCUGCUCUCUACCUCGCUCUUCCUUUCCCUUCUCUUUAAAUGUAAAUGACAUCGUUUUUUUCUCAGUAAGUAAGCUGUCUCGUGACGUGAGAUACUCAAAACCGUCAAUGAAGAUGUUGAUGUGUGACCGGGGCGUCCAGAUGCUGGUGACCACCGUGGGGGCUUUCGCCGCCUUCAGCCUCAUGACGAUAGCGGUCGGGACCGAUUACUGGCUGUACUCACGAGGGACGUGCAAAAGCAAAAGCACUAAUGACAACGACACAAGCCGGAAGAACGAAGAGGUGAUGACUCACUCUGGUCUGUGGCGAACCUGCUGUCUGGAAGGAACGUUCCGAGGUGUGUGUAAGAAGAUCGAUCACUUCCCAGAGGCCACAGAUUAUGAGGCAGACGCUGCAGAAUACCUUCUACGUAAGGACACACACACACA